AUGGCCAAGUCCGCCAAACGCUGCUUUAGCGGCUCAAACGAGGCUUUGCUUCAGCAGAGCUGGGACCAAUUGCUCGGAGUGUCUGGCCUGGAAGUGUCAAGAAAACGAAAGCGUGCUGGAGGCCGAAGAGAGGAGCUCGCCGAUAGUGAAAAGGAGAGGAAAGGAGUCGGCAGAGUGGUCAAGGCGAAGGUGCCUAAUAAGCCGGAGGGCGAGGACGAAGAAGAAAACGAGCACAAAGAGGACGAAGAGGGGAGGGAGGGUGCGAGAACAGAAAUGGAUAGGGGGGAGAUGAUUGAAAAAGAGGUGGAUGCCGAUGAUGUUGAGGAAGAGGAUGAAGAGGAGGAAGAGCAUGAGCAGGAGGAGGAGGAGGAGGAGGAAGAGAAGGAGCAGCAAGAUGAGGAGAACGAUGAGGAAGAAGAGGAAGAGAACGAAGAGGGCGAUGAAGGAGGAGGCGAUGGGGAAAAGGAGGGAGGGGAGGAGGAGGAGGAGGGGUUGGGAGAAGAGGAAGAGGAGGAAGAGGGCGAAGAGAGCGAGGAGGCGGAGGCGGAGGAGGACGAAGAGGAGGAGGAGGAGGAGGAGGAGGAGGAGACAAAAAGGGAAGAGGAGGAGGAGGAGGAUGCGGCCGGGGAGGGCAGCGUUGAGGGCUAUCUGUACGCCGGCGGUCACUUUCCGCUCGAGAGUCCACGGACGGUCGUCGGCUCCGAGGCUGGCCGGCUCGCGUCGGGCAGUCCCCGGCUUCGACAGCGGCAUUCUCACCGGCUCCGAGGCCCGCCAGCCGGGCGGGACUCGAACGUCGCCUCGUCGCCUGCCUCGCAGGCCGCCGGCGCGCGCCUCGACGAGCCCGGCCCGCUGGAGCCGGCCGUCUCGACGGGGCCGGGACGCGGCGGAGGCGUUCCGGACAAGCUGAGCCCUCUCGAGUUGGCCGGACUCGCGGGCGAGCUGCUUCCGGGGCCGAUGGUCGGGCGAGACCUGGUCUGGCCGGCCGUCUCCACGUCCGCCUCGGCCGUCUGUACCUCGGCCUUCGCGGGCGCGCCUCUCACGCCUCUCGGACACGGCGGCUUGGCCGCUGCGGCCGCGGCCGCCGUCGCCAUGCAACCGUUCUUUCAUUCGGCCGCGUCAAACGAGUUCGACGCCUGCUCGCCGCACUCGCUGGCUCAUCUCGUCGGACUCGAACCGUCCACCGGCGCCAAGAUGCCCGCAACCCUCGCCGCUCUACCGCCGCCCCCUCCGCCCGGUCAUCUCGGCCCAGCCGGUACCAACUGUCCGGCCGCCAGUUUCUCCGGCCUGCCUCCGAUGCUGGCUGCGGCCGCAGCAGCCGCGGCCCUUGCCUCGGGGCGUUUCUCCACCGGCUCGCCGUUGUCCGGGCCCGACGAGACCGGACUUCCGGGCUCGACCGAUUCGGCCCGGCUCGCCGGCACCCCAUUCAACCCGACCACGCCGACCUCCUCCAUGAUGAUGAUGAUGAUGAUGCCGCCGCCGCCACCGCCGCCCAUCUCCACUUUGCCCACGGGCUUCGGGUUCACGGGCCUGCCUUCGAGUCCCGGCGGCUCGUUUCUCACCACCUCCGCUCCCAGUCUCGCCAACAACCUUUGCCCCACCUCGUCUGCCUGUUUCUUCCCCUCCGUCUUCCCCGUCACCAGCGCACCCAUACCUUCCGCACCCAGCACCACCAUCCCCACCCAAUUCUCUGGCCCACUCACCGCCUCCUCCUCCUCCUCGUCUGCUUGUUCAUCUGCCGCCUCUUCCUCCUCCUCCUCCUCCUCU